AGAGGCAGCGAGGACACGUCCCCUCCUGCCAGCGCUGGACAGGCCCUGUGGCAGCAGCAUGGCUCCCUCAGAGGACUCCAGGGACUGGAGAGCCAGUCUCAAAGACACCAGCCUAGAGACCAGCUCUGGUGGGAAGCUGGCCCGCCGGCAGACGGCCGUGCCCACCGCCCACAUGACUGUCAUCAUCGACUGUGUCCGGGGGAAGCGGCUCUCCCUGGCGGCACCCCCAGUGCUGCCCCAAGCCCCCAGUUGCAGCCAGGGACCUGUCCGUCUACCCAUGAAGACCUAUAUUGUGUUCUGUGGGGGGAACCGGCCCCAAUCAGCUCUGGACAGCCCCUUGGGUGGGGGGUGCCUCGCCCAGGCCAAGGAUGCCCUGCCAUCCUGCAGGGGCGUUGUGGGCCCUGCUUCCCCCGUAGACAGCCUGCCCUGUCCCCAGGGGGUUCCUAAAGUCAAGGGGAGCCCCUUAAAGACUGGGCCAGCAAGGUCUUCAACCUGGGGGACAGUCAAGGGCUCCCUCAAAGCUCUCUCUUCCUGUGUCUGUGGGCAGACUGAUUAACGGGAAGGGCAGGCUGUGGGAAGAGGGGUUGCCAUACCAGGUCCCAAAGUCCGGGGGCUGUGACUCCCAGGCCAGCCUCCCUUCCCCAGGCCCACUAAAGGACAAGGGAGACAGCCGUCUGGUGCACGCCUGUGUCCUCCGUCCUUCCUGUCCCUGCCAGCCUUUCAGCCAAGGCCCACCAGGACACCCCUGCAUGGAAAGAGACUAAUGGUUGACCAGCGGAUACUAAGGGAGCAUCUUCUACGUGCUGGCCCUGGGCAGAGCUGGGGACAUCCUUCUGGUUUUCUUGAAGCUUAUAUUCUCGGGGCUGGGGGUGGGAAGAAGAGUCCAACAAGCAACCAA